CUGCUGCCACCAUGGACCACUCAUUCAGUGGAGCGCCCCGCUUCCUUACGCGGCCAAAGGCUUUUGUGGUAUCUGUGGGCAAGGAUGCCACACUGAGCUGCCAGAUCGUGGGUAACCCCACGCCACAUGUGAGUUGGGAGAAGGACCGGCAGCCAGUGGAGGCAGGAGCACGCUUCCGCCUGGCUCAAGACGGGGAUGUGUACCGCCUCACCAUCCUGGAUCUGGCGCUCGGUGACAGUGGGCAGUACGUAUGUCGCGCAAGGAACACCAUAGGGGAGGCCUUCGCUGCUGUAGGCCUGCGAGUAGACUCUGAGGGCACGUGUGCCGAGCAGGCGCCCCACUUUCUGCUGCGACCUACCUCCAUUCGCGUGCGCGAGGGCGCAGACGCUACCUUCCGAUGUCGCGUGGGCGGCUCACCACAACCUGCAGUGAGCUGGUCCAAAGAUGGGCGGCGCCUGGGCGCACCCGACGCCCCGCAUGUGCGCGUGGAAGAUCACGGCGAGGCGAGCGCGCUUCGCAUCCGGUCGGCACGGCCUCGAGAUGGUGGCACCUACGAAGUCCGUGCAGAGAACCCUCUGGGUUCCGCCAGCGCUGCCGCCGCGCUCGUGGUGGACUCGGAUGCCGAGGCUGCCGGACCACCUGGAGCCUCCACCGCCUCGCUCCUGGCUCAUCUGCAACAGCGGCGCGAGGCCAUGCGCGCAGAAGGAGUCCCCCCAUCCCCACCCGGCGCCAGCACACGCACUUGCACCGUGACCGAAGGCAAACACGCGCGCCUCAGCUGCUAUGUGACCGGCGAGCCCAAGCCCGAGACAGUGUGGAAGAAGGAUGGGCAGCUGGUGACCGAGGGCCGGCGACACGUGGUGUAUGAGGACGAGCAGGAGAACUUCGUCCUUAAGAUUCUUUUCUGCAAGCAGUCGGACCGUGGCCUCUACACCUGCACAGCAUCCAACCUCGUGGGUCAGACCUACAGCUCCGUGCUGGUGGUCGUGAGAGAACCGGCCGUGCCCUUCAAGAAGCGACUGCAGGACCUGGAGGUGAAAGAGAAAGAGUCUGCCACAUUCCAGUGUGAGGUGGCACAGCCGGCCACCGAAGCGGCGUGGUUCAAGGAGGAGACGCGGCUGUGGGCCAGCGCCAAGUACAGCAUCGAGGAGGAGGGCACCGAACGCCGGCUGACUGUGCGCGACGUCUCAGCAGACGAUGAUGCAGUGUACAUAUGCGAGACCACAGAAGGCAGCCGCACUGUGGCAGAGCUCUCAGUCCAAGGGAACUUGACCAGAAAGCUUCCUCGGAAGACUGUAGUGCGCAUUGGAGACACAGCCAUCUUCUGGGUAGAGCUAGCCGUCCCUGAGGGCCCUGUCCAGUGGCUACGGAACCAGGAGGAGAUGGUGGCAGGGGGCCGGGUAGCCAUCACUUCAGAAGGCACAUGCCAUACACUGACCAUCUUCCAGUGCACCUUGGAGGACAUGGGUGAGGUGGCCUUUGUGGCUGGUGGCUGCCGAACGACCACCCAGUUCUGUGUAUCAGCACCCAGGAGGCCACCUCUGUACCCCCCUGCUGACCCUGUAGUAAAGGCCAAGACAGAUAGUUCUGUGACCCUCAGCUGGUCCCCACCACCCCAUGGGGACCGCCCUGUCGCCCUUGAUGGUUAUGUGGUGGAGAAAAGGAAACUUGGUGCUUAUGCCUGGAGCCGGUGUCACGAAGCUGAAUGGCUGGUCACAACUGAGUUUACCGUCGCUGGAGUGGCUGAGGAGGGGGACUUCCAGUUCCGAGUGUCAGCCAUUAACCACUUUGGCCAGAGUCCUUACCUUGAGUUUCCAGGGACUGUCCACUUGGUCCCCAGGCUGGCUGUGAAGACACCUCUGAAGGCGGUGGAGGCAGUAGAGGGAGGUGAGGUCACAUUCUCUGUGGACCUCACCAUGGCUUCUGAGGGAGAGUGGUUCCUGGAUGGGGAGGCCUUGAAAGCCAGCAGUAUAUAUGUGAUCCGCUGUGACCGUACCCGGCAUAUGCUCACCAUCAGAGAGGUGCCUGCGAGACUGCACGGGGCACAGCUGAAGUUUGUGGCUAAUGGCAUUGAAACCAGCAUCCGGAUGGUGGUCCGAGCAGCUCUGGGGCUAGCCAGCAGCAAGCUUCCUGCUGUGGCUGCCCGGGAGGUGCUGGCCCGGUUGCACGAGGAGGCUCAGCUGCUGGCUGAGCUGUCAGACCAGGCUGCAGCUGUGACUUGGCUGAAGGAUGGCCAUGAGCUGCCCUUAGGACCCAAGUACGAGAUGCAGGGGUCAGCUGGGAGACGAGCACUGCUGGUGCGGGAUGUGGCGCAGGAUGAUGCUGGCCUCUAUGAGUGUGUCAGUCGUGGGAGCCGCAUUGCCUACCAGUUGUUGGUGCAAGAGGCCAAGCUGGUGUUUGCCAAGGAACAGCAGGCACACAGCGAGGUGAAAUCAGAGGCAGGGGCCAGUGCCACACUGAGCUGCAAGGUGGCCCAGGCCCAGACUGAGGUGACCUGGUUCAAGGAUGGGAAGAAGCUGAGCUCCAGCUCGAAGGUUCGAGUGGAGGCCUCUGGCUGUGAGAGGAGGCUGGUGUUGCAGCAGGCGGGCAAGGCAGAUGCUGGGGAGUACAGCUGUGAGGCCGGGGGACAGAAGGUCUCCUUCCGUCUGGACAUCACAGAACCCAAGCUGGUGUUUGCCAAGGAGCAGCAGGCACACAGAGAGGUGAAGGCAGAGGCAGGGGCCAGUGCCACACUGAGCUGCGAGGUGGCCCAGGCCCAGACUGAGGUGACCUGGUUCAAGGAUGGGAAGAAGCUGAGCUCCAGCUCGAAGGUUCGAGUGGAGGCCUCUGGCUGUGAGAGGAGGCUGGUGUUGCAGCAGGCGGGCAAGGCGGAUGCUGGGGAGUACAGCUGUGAGGCCGGGGGACAGAAGGUCUCCUUCCGUCUGGACAUCACAGAGCCCAAGGUGGUGUUUGCCAAGGAACAGCAGACACACAGCGAGGUGAAAUCAGAGGCAGGGGCCAGUGCCACACUGAGCUGCGAGGUGGCCCAGGCCCAGACUGAGGUGACCUGGUUCAAGGACGGGAAGAAGCUGAGCUCCAGCUCGAAGGUUCGAGUGGAGGCCUCUGGCUGUGAGAGGAGGCUGGUGUUGCAGCAGGCGGGCAAGGCGGAUGCUGGGGAGUACAGCUGUGAGGCCGGGGGACAGAAGGUCUCCUUCCGUCUGGAUGUCACAGAACCCAAGGUCGUGUUUGCCAAGGAACAGCAGACACACAGCGAGGUGAAAUCAGAGGCGGGGGCCACUGCCACACUGAGCUGCGAGAUGGCCCAGGCCCAGACUGAAGUGACCUGGUUCAAGGAUGGGAAGAAGCUGAGCUCCAGCUCGAAGGUUCGAGUGGAGGCCUCUGGCUGUGAGAGGAGGCUGGUGUUGCAGCAGGCGGGCAAGGCGGAUGCUGGGGAGUACAGCUGUGAGGCCGGGGGACAGAAGGUCUCCUUCCGUCUGGACGUCACAGAACCUAAGGUGGUGUUUGCCAAGGAGCAGCAGGCACACAGCGAGGUGAAAUCAGAGGCAGGGACCAGUGCCACACUGAGCUGCGAGGUGGCCCAGGCCCAGACUGAGGUGACCUGGUUCAAGGAUGGGAAGAAGCUGAGCUCCAGCUCGAAGGUUCGAGUGGAGGCCUCUGGCUGUGAGAGGAGGCUGGUGUUGCAGCAGGCGGGCAAGGCGGAUGCUGGGGAGUACAGCUGUGAGGCCGGGGGACAGAAGGUUUCCUUCCGUCUGGAUGUCACAGAGCCCAAGGUGGUGUUUGCCAAGUUGCAGCAGGCACAAAGCGAGGUGAAAUCAGAGGCAGGGGCCAGUGCCACACUGAGCUGCGAGGUGGCCCAGGCCCAGACUGAGGUGACCUGGUUCAAGGAUGGGAAGAAGCUGAGCUCCAGCUCGAAGGUUCGAGUGGAGGCCUCUGGCUGUGAGAGGAGGCUGGUGUUGCAGCAGGCGGGCAAGGCGGAUGCUGGGGAGUACAGCUGUGAGGCCGGGGGACAGAAGGUCUCCUUCCGUCUGGAUGUCACAGAACCUAAGGUGGUGUUUGCCAAGAAGCAGCAGGCACACAGCGAGGUGAAGGCAGAGGCAGAGGCCACUGCCACACUGAGCUGCGAGGUAGCCCAGGCCCAGACUGAGGUGACCUGGUUCAAGGACGGGAAGAAGCUGAGCUCCAGCUCGAAGGUUCGAGUGGAGGCCUCUGGCUGUGAGAGGAGGCUGGUGUUGCAGCAGGCGGGCAAGGCGGAUGCUGGGGAGUACAGCUGUGAGGCCGGGGGACAGAAGGUCUCCUUCCGUCUGGACGUCACAGAGCCCAAGGUAGUGUUUGCCAAAGAGCAGCAGGCACACAGCGAGGUGAAAUUAGAGGCAGGGGCCAGUGCCACACUGAGCUGCGAGGUGGCCCAGGCCCAGACUGAGGUGACCUGGUUCAAGGAUGGGAAGAAGCUGAGCUCCAGCUCGAAGGUUCGAGUGGAGGCCUCUGGCUGUGAGAGGAGGCUGGUGUUGCAGCAGGCGGGCAAGGCAGAUGCUGGGGAGUACAGCUGUGAGGCCGGGGGACAGAAGGUCUCCUUCCGUCUGGAUGUCACAGAGCCCAAGGUGGUGUUUGCUAAGGAGCAGCAGGCACGCAGCGAGGUGAAAUCAGAGGCAGGGGCCAGUGCCACACUGAGCUGCGAGGUGGCCCAGGCCCAGACUGAGGUGACCUGGUUCAAGGAUGGGAAGAAGCUGAGCUCCAGCUCGAAGGUUCGAGUGGAGGCCUCUGGCUGUGAGAGGAGGCUGGUGUUGCAGCAGGCGGGCAAGGCGGAUGCUGGGGAGUACAGCUGUGAGGCCGGGGGACAGAAGGUCUCCUUCCAUCUGGAUGUCACAGAGCCCAAGGUGGUGUUUGCCAAGGAGCAGCAGGCACACAGUGAGGUGAAAUCAGAGGCAGGGGCCAGUGCCACACUGAGCUGUGAGGUGGCCCAGGCCCAGGCUGAGGUGACCUGGUUCAAGGAUGGGAAGAAGCUGAGCUCCAGCUCGAAGGUUCGAGUGGAGGCCUCUGGCUGUGAGAGGAGGCUGGUGUUGCAGCAGGCGGGCAAGGCGGAUGCUGGGGAGUACAGCUGUGAGGCUGGAGGACAGAAGGUCUCCUUCCGUCUGGAUGUCACAGACACCAAGGUGGUGUUUGCCAAGGAGCAGCAGGCAUGCAGCGAGGUGAAGGCAGAGGCAGGGGCCAGUGCCACACUGAGCUGCGAGGUGGCCCAGGCCCAGACUGAGGUGACCUGGUUCAAGGAUGGGAAGAAGCUGAGCUCCAGCUCGAAGGUUCGAGUGGAGGCCUCUGGCUGUGAGAGGAGGCUGGUGUUGCAGCAGGCGGGCAAGGCGGAUGCUGGGGAGUACAGCUGUGAGGCCGGGGGACAGAAGGUCUCCUUCCGUCUGGAUGUCACAGAACCAGAGCCCGAGUCCCACAUUCCAGAGAAACCCAGCCGCAGGGAGCCUCUAGUGGUCAAGGAACACGAGAACAUUGUCCUGACUGCCACUCUGGCUGCACCCUCUGUGGCUGCUGUGACUUGGCUCAAAGAUGGUGUGGAGAUUCGCCGCAGUAAGCGGUAUGAGGCCACUAGCCUUGGUGAUACCCACACCCUGACUGUGAGAGGUGCACAGGUGCUGGACAGCGCCAUCUACAGCUGCCGUGUUGGCAAGCAAGGUCAGGACUUUCCGGUGCAGGUGGAAGAGGUGGCCACCAAGUUCUCCAAACCCCUGGAGCCCAUUGAAGGGGAACUGGGUGGCACUGUGAAGCUGGUCUGUGAGCUGACCCCAGAGCAGGCUGAGGUGGUGUGGCUCUGUGGGAGCACACAGCUGCGGGAGGGCAAACGCUUCCGGAUAACAUCUGAAGGGCCCAGGCGCACACUGACCGUGUCUGGCCUUCGAGAGGAUGAUGCAGAGGAGUAUGUGUGUGAGAGCCGUGAUGACCGAACCAGCGCACGGCUCACUGUCAAAGUUCCCCGAGUGGUCAAGUUUACAUCUGGACUGAGUGCCGUGGUCGUAGAGGAGGGCCAAGAGGCCACCUUUCAGUGUGUCGUGUCCCCCAGUGAUGCAGCAGUUGUGUGGUACAAGGAUGGCAUCCAGCUACUACCCAGCGAGAAGUUUAUCAUGGCACAGAGCGGGGCCACCUGUAGCUUGACCAUCUUGGGCUUGACCCUGGAGGAUGCAGGCCACAUCACAGUGGAGGCUGAGGGUGCCUCAUCUUCUGCCACUCUCCGGGUCCGAGAGGCACCAGCCCUCUUCAAGAAGAAGCUUGAGCCCCAGACAGUGGAGGAGAAGAGCUCUGUGGUGCUGGAAGUGGAGCUGACGCGGCCCUGGCCUGAGGUGAAGUGGACACGGAAUGCUGCCGUCCUGGUGCCUGGCGAGAAUGUGGAGAUCCAUGCUGAGGGAGCUCGGCACCGUCUGGUGCUGCGUAGUGUGGGCUUUGCUGACCGUGGCUUCUUUGGCUGUGAGACACCAGAUGAUAAGACCCAGGCCAAGCUCAAUGUAGAAAUGCGGCAGGUCCGACUGGUUCGAGGUUUGCAGGCUGUGGAAGCUAAGGAACAGGGCACGGCCUCCAUGGAUGUGGAGUUGUCCCAUGCUGAUGUGGAGGGCAGCUGGACGCGAGAUGGCCUGAGACUUCAGCCUGGGCCCACAUGCCGCCUGGCUGUACAAGGCCCUGUCCACAUCCUCACACUCUCAGCACUGAGGCCACAGGACAGCGGGUUGGUGGCCUUCAGGGCUGAGGGCGUACACACGUCUGCACAGCUCAUAGUCACUGAGCUGCCGGUGAGCUUCACCCGACUACUACAGGACGUGGUGGCUAUCCAGAAAGAGAAGGUGACACUGGAGUGUGAGUUGUCACGGCCAGUGGAUGUGCGCUGGCUGAAGGAUGGUGUGGAGCUGCGUGCAGGCAAGACCAUGAACAUAGUGGCCCAGGGAGCCUGCAGGAGUCUCGUUAUUUACCGGUGUGAGAUUGGGGACCAGGGUGUCUAUGUGUGUGAUGCUUCUGAUGCUCAGACCUCAGCCUCCCUGAAGGUUCAGGGCCGCAGUGUUCAGAUUACGAAGCCACUGGAGGAUGUGGAGGUGAUGGAGAAGGAGGGUGCCACCUUCUCCUGUGAGGUGUCCCAUGAUGAGGUUCCUGGCCUGUGGUUCCGAGAAUCCAGCAAGCUACGGCCCAGUGACAAUGUGCGCAUCCGGCAGGAAGGGAGGACAUACACACUUAUCUUCCGGAGGGUACUGGCGGAAGAUGCAGGGGAGAUCAAAUUUGUAGCUGAAAAUGCAGAAUCAAGAGCCCACCUCCGAGUAAAAGAGCUGCCCGUGACCCUCUUGCGCCCGCUGCGGGAUAAAAUUGCCAUGGAAAAACACCGUGGUGUGCUUGAGUGCCAGGUGUCCCGGGCCAGUGCCCAGGUGCGGUGGUUCAAGGGCCGAGUUGAGCUGCAGCCUGGGCCCAAGUAUGAGGUGGUCAGCGAUGGCCUUUACCGCAAGCUAGUCAUCAAUGAUGUGCAGCCUGAGGAUGAAGAUACUUAUACCUGUGAUGCUGGUGAUGUCAAGACCAGUGCCCAGUUCUUUGUGGAAGAGCAAUCCAUCACUAUUGUGCGAGGCCUGCAGGACAUGACAGUUAUGGAGCCCGCCCCAGCCUGGUUUGAAUGUGAGACCUCCAUCCCCUCCGUGAGGCCACCCAAGUGGCUCCUUGGUAAGACUGUGCUCCAGGCAGGAGCAAACGUGGGCCUGGAGCAAGAUGGCACUGUGCACCGGCUGACACUACACAAGACCUGCUCCACUAUGACCGGGCCUGUGCACUUCACCAUCGGCAAGUCUCGCUCCUCCGCCCAGCUGGUUGUCUCAGACAUCCCUGUGGUAUUGACGCGGCCGCUGGAACCCAAAGCAGGGCGUGAGCUGCAGUCGGUAGUCCUGUCGUGUGACUUCAGGCCGGCCCCCAAGGCUGUGCAGUGGUACAAGGAGGACACACCUCUGACCCCAUCAGAAAAGUUCAAGAUGGUGCUGGAGGGCCAGAUGGCAGAGCUGCGCAUACUCCGUCUCACUCCAGCUGAUGCCGGGGUCUAUCGGUGCCAGGCCGGUAGUGCCCACAGCAGUGCCGAGGUUACCGUAGAAGCUCGGGAGGUAACAGUGACUCAGCCACUGCAGGAUGCUGAAGCCACGGAGGAAGGCCGGGUCUGCUUCUCAUGUGAGCUAUCCCAUAAGGACGAGGACAUCGAAUGGUCGCUCAAUGGGGUACCCCUGUACAAUGACAGCUUCCACGAGAUCAGCCAUGAGGGCUGUGUCCACACACUGGUGCUGAAGAGUGUCCGGCAGGCUGAUGCAGGCACUGUUCGCGCCACCUCCCCCAAGGUGUCGGUUUCCGCCCAGCUAGUGGUCAGAGCAAAGCCGGUGGUGUUCCUGAAAGUGCUGGAUGACGUAUCUGCAGAAGAGUGUGGCACACUGACACUGCAAUGCGAGGUCUCAGACCCCGCCGCACGUGUGGUUUGGCGCAAAGAUGGUGUGGAGCUGGGUCCCAGUGACAAGUAUGACUUUGUACAUAAGGCAGGCACCCGGGGCCUUACGGUACAUGACCUGAGCCGUGAGGAUGCUGGAUUGUACACCUGCCAUGUGGGCAGCGAGGAGACCCGGUCCAGGGUCAGUGUGCAUGGGCUGCACGUGGGCAUCACCAAGAGGUUAAAAACAGUGGAGGUACUGGAAGGAGAGAGCUGCAGCUUUGAGUGUGUCUUGUCCCAUGAGAGUGACAGUGACCCAGCAGUGUGGACGGUUGGCGGGAAGACAGUGGGUAGCUCUGGCCACUUCCUGGCCACUCGCCAGGGCCGCAAAUACAUUCUGACAGUCAAAGAUGCUGCGCUCAGUGAUGCAGGGGAGGUGGUCUUCUCGGUGAUGGGGCUCACAUCCAAGGCCUCGCUCAUCAUCAGAGAGAGGCCAGUGGAGAUCACAAAGCCCUUGGAGGACCAGCGGACUACGCUUGGAGAACAUGUGAUGCUAAGCUGUGAGCUGUCUAGGGCCGGCACCUCUGUGCGCUGGCUCAAAGAUGGGAAGGCCAUCCGAAAGAGUCAGAAGUACGACCUGCUCAGCGAAGGCACACGGGCUGUGCUGGUUGUCCGAAAGGCCUCACUCAAGGAUUCUGGAGAGUACACCUGUGAGACAGAAGCUUCCAAAAGCACUGCCAAGAUUCUUGUGGAAGAAAAGGCAAACCGAUUCACCGAGGAGCUGACUGACCUGCAGGUGGAAGAGAAGGGUGUAGCUGUGUUCUCGUGCAAGACAGAACACCCAGCAUCUGUUGUGACAUGGCGCAAGGGCCUCCUGGAGCUACGUGCCUCAGGGAAGCAUGCCCCCAGCCAGGAUGGCUUGACCCUGAAGCUCACCAUCAAUGCCCUGGAGAGGACAGACAGUGACACCUAUACCUGUGACAUUGGCCAAGCCCGGACUCAGGCCCGACUCCUUGUCCAUGGCCAGAAAGUGCGCAUUACCGAGGACCUAGAGGACACUGCCGUUCAGGAAGGCUCCUCUGCCAAGUUCUGCUGCCGUAUCUCCCCUGCUGACUACAGCCCUGUGCACUGGUUCCUGGAUAAGACACCCUUGCACAGCAAUGAGCUGAACGAGAUCACUGUCCAGCCUGGAGGCUACCAUGUGCUCACCCUGCGGCAACUGGCACUCAAGGACUCAGGCACUGUCUACUUUGAGGCGGGUGAUCAGCGGACCUCAGCAGCCCUGCGGGUGACUGAGAAGCCGAGCAUCUUCUCUCAGCCACUCACCGAUGUUACAGUCACAGAAGGGGAGGACCUAACUCUCGUCUGUGAAACCACCACUUUGGAUAGCUCUGUACGCUGGACCAAAGAUGGGAAGACACUGAGGCCAUCUGCACGAUGCCAGUUGAGCUGUGAAGGCUGUCGGGCCCAGCUGGUCAUCACUGGUACCACCCUGCAAGACGGUGGGCGAUACAAAUGUGAGGUUGGCGGGACUUCCAGCAGCUCCAUCGUCAGGAUCCAUGCUCGGCCAGUGCGGUUCAGGGAGUCCCUGAAGGAUGUGGAGGUGCCAGAGGGCAGGGCUGCCACUCUACGCUGUGUGCUGUCAUCCGUGGCUGCACCUGUGGAGUGGCGUCGUGGAGAAGACAUCCUGAAGUCCAGCAGCAAGUACAGUCUGCGCCAAGAGGGUGCUGUGCUGGAGUUGGUCAUCCGAGACCUGCAGCCCCUGGACAGUGGGCAAUAUUCAUGCUCCUUUGGGGACCAGACAACCUUAGCCACGCUCACAGUGAAAACCCUGUCUGCCCAGUUCAUAGGAAAAUUGAGAAACAAGGAGGCCACAGAAGGGACCAUGGCCACACUGCGGUGUGAGCUGACCAAAGAGGCCCCCGUGGAAUGGAGGAAGGGAACAGAGACCCUGAGAAAUGGUGACAAAUACAGCCUGAAGCAGGAUGGGGCUGUUUGUGAACUGCAGAUUUGUAGCCUGGUUGUGGCAGAUGCAGGGGAGUACUUGUGUGUGUGUGGACAGGAGAAGACUUCAGCUACCCUGACUGUCAAGGCUCUGCCUGCCCACUUCAUCGGGAGGCUCAGAAGCAAGGAGGCCACGGAAGGCGACACGACCACACUGCGGUGUGAGCUGAGCAAGGCCACCCCUGUGGAGUGGAGGAAGGGAGCAGAGACUCUGAGAGAUGGGGACAGAUACACCCUGAAACAGGAUGGGGCUGUGUGCGAGCUUCAGAUCCACAGCCUGGCUACAUCAGACGCUGGGGAGUACCUGUGCAUAUGUGGGCAGGAGAAGACCUCAGCCAAUCUGACCAUCAGGGCUCUUCCAGCUAAGUUCAUAGAAGGUCUGAAGGACGAAGAAGCCACAGAGGAAACCAUGGCUACACUGAGGUGUGAACUGAGCAAGGCAGCUUCUGUGACAUGGAAGAAAGGAACAAAGACCUUGCAGGAUGGAGACAGAUAUGGCCUGAGGCAGGAUGGAGCUGUGUGUAGGUUACAGAUCCAUGGCCUGACCAUGGCCGAUGCCGGAGAAUACUCAUGUGUGUGUGGGCAAGAGAAGACUUCAGCUACGCUGACUGUCAGGGCCAUGCCCAUCAAGUUCACAGAAUAUCUGAGGAAUGAAGAGGCCACAGAAGGGGCCAUGGCCAUACUGAGGUGCCAGAUGAGCAAAGCUACCCCAGUGGAGUGGAGGAAGGGAGAAAAGACCCUCAAAAAUGGAGACAGAUACAUCCUGAAGCAGGAUGGGGCCACAUGUGAACUACAGAUCCAUGGCCUGGCUGUGGAAGAUGCUGGGGAGUACUCAUGCGUGUGUGGGCAGGAGAAGACCUCAGCCACACUGAGUGUCAAGGCCCUGCCCACCAGAUUCAUAGAAGACUUGAGAAGCCAAGAGGCCACGGAAGGCACCAUGGUCACACUAAGAUGCCAGAUGAGCAAGGCCGCCCCUGUGGAGUGGAGGAAGGGGUCUGACAUCCUGAGAGAUGGGGACAGAUACAGCCUGAGGCAGGAUGGGGCCACAUGUGAGCUGCAGAUCCGUGGCCUGGCUGUGGAAGAUGCUGGGGAGUACUCAUGCGUGUGUGGGCAGGAGAAGACCUCAGCCACACUGAGUGUCAAGGCCUUGCCCACCAGAUUCAUAGAAGACUUAAGAAGCCAAAAGGCCAUGGAAGGCACCAUGGUCACACUAAGGUGCCAGAUGAGCAAGGCCGCCCCUGUGGAGUGGAGGAAGGGGUCUGACAUCCUGAGAGAUGGGGACAGAUACAGCCUGAGGCAGGAUGGGGCCACGUGUGAGCUGCAGAUCCGUGGCCUGGCUGUGGAAGAUGCUGGGGAGUACUCAUGCGUGUGUGGGCAGGAGAAGACCUCAGCCAUGCUGACUGUAGAUGCCCUGCCCACACGGUUCAUUGAAGAGCUGACGUCCAGGGAAGUCAUGGAAGGGUACACAGCCACUCUGCAGUGUCAGCUCAGCAAAAAGGCCUCUGUGGAGUGGAAGAAGGGAACAGAGACCCUUGAAGAUGGAGACAGAUACAGGCUGCAGCAAAAGGGAGCAAUGUGUGAGCUGCAGAUCCAUGGCCUAACCAUGUCAGAUGCUGGAGAGUACUCAUGUGUGUGUGGGGAGGAAAAGACCACAGCCAUGCUGACCAUCAAGGCUCUACCCCCCAAGUUCACAGAGGGUCUGAAGAAUGAAGAGGCCACAGAAGGGACCAUGGUGACUCUGAGGUGCCAGCUGAGUAAAGAAACCCAAGUGGAGUGGAAGAAGGGAACAAAGAUCCUCAGAGAUGGAGACAGAUACAGUCUGAGACAGAGCCAGGCUGUGUGUGAGCUGUGGAUCCGUGGCCUCACUGUGGAAGAUGCCGGGGAAUAUUCGUGCGUGUGUGGGCAGGAAAGGACCUCAGCCACUCUGAGUGUCAAGGCUCUUCCCACCAGAUUCAUAGAAGACUUGAGAAGCCAAGAGGCCACGGAAGGCACCAUGGUCACACUAAGGUGCCAGAUGAGCAAGGCCGCCCCUGUGGAGUGGAGGAAGGGGUCUGACAUCCUGAGAGAUGGGGACAGAUACAGCCUGAGGCAGGAUGGGGCCACGUGUGAGCUGCAGAUCCGUGGCCUGACUGUGGAAGAUGCUGGGGAGUACUCAUGCGUGUGUGGGCAGGAGAAGACCUCAGCCACACUGAGUGUCAAGGCCCCACAGGCGGUAUUCCAGAAACCACUGCAGAACCUGCAAGUAGAAGAAGGUUCCAUGGCCAGCCUGCAGUGUGAGCUGUCAAUCCCCAAUGCUGCUGUGGUCUGGAGCAAGGGUGGCCUGGAGCUGCAGGCUGAUGCACGGCGAGAGUCACUGCAGCAGGGGUGUGUGGCCGAGCUGCUGCUCAGAGACGUGCGCCGUGAGGACGCGGGCGAGUACAGCUGUACCUGUGGCUCUGAGAGCACAAGCGCCACACUCAUGGUUACAGCUGCUCCUGUGCGGUUCCUCAGGGAGCUGCAGGCCCAGGAAGUGGAUGAGGGGACCACUGCACGCCUGCACUGUGAGCUGAGCCGGGUGGCUGUGAGUGUGGACUGGCGCAAGGGCUCCCUGCAGCUUUUCCCCUGUGCCAAGUAUCAGAUGGUGCAGGAGGGCGCAACUGCCGCGCUGUUGGUCCGUGAGGUGGAGCAGGAGGAUGCAGGAGAGUACAUCUGCGAUGCAGGCCACACCCAGAGCACUGCCAGGCUCUCAGUCCGAGCCCCCAAGCCCAAGUUCAAGACUGGCCUGCAGAGCACAGAGCAGGAAGCAGGUGGCGAGGCCCGGCUGUGUUGUCAACUGAGCGAGGCUGAGCCAGGGGCUCUGGUGCAGUGGCUCAAGGAGGGUGUGCAGCUGCAUGCCAGCCCCAAGUAUGAGAUGCGGUGUGAAGGGACCACGUGUGAGCUGCUGAUCCACGGGCUGGAGGCCAAGGACACCGGCGAAUAUGCCUGUGUGGUGGGUGGUCAGAAAACCUUGGCCUCUCUCAGAGUCAAAGAGCCUGAGGUGACCAUUGUGCGGGGACUGGUUGACAUGGAGGUGCAUGCUGAUGAGGAUGUGGAGUUUACUUGUGAGGUGUCACAGGCAGGAGCCACAGAUGUGCAGUGGCGUCUCCAAGGUCUGCCACUGCAGAGCAAUGAAGUGACAGAGGUGGCUGUUCUUGGAGACGGCCGCACCCACAUGCUCCAACUGAAGGGUGUGACACUGGAGGAUGCUGGCACUGUCUCCUUCCACGUGGGCAGCCUUUCAUCUUCUGCUCAGCUCACAGUCCGAGUCCCUGAGGUGAACAUUCUGGAGCCCCUGCAGGAUGUGCAGCUCAGCGAGGGCCAGGAUGCCCACUUCCAGUGCCGGCUGUCCAGGGCCUCGGGCCAGGAGGCCCGUUGGGCUUUGGGAGGGGUUCCCUUGCAGUCCAAUGAGAUGAACGACAUCACCGUGGAGCAGGGCACACUUUACCUGCUCACUCUGCAUAAGGUGACCCUGGAGGAUACUGGAACCAUCACUCUUCAAGUGGGCUCAUGCUCCUCAGAAGCCCAGCUGAAGGUCACAGCCAAGAACACAGUGGUGCGUGGCCUGGAGAAUGUGGAUGCACUGGAGGGCGGUGAAGCUCUGUUCGAGUGCCAGCUGUCCCAGCCAGAGGUGGCUGCCCACACCUGGCUGUUAGACGAUGAGCCUGUGCACACCUCAGAAAACAUGGAGGUGGUCUACUUUGAGAAUGGGCUGCGGCACUUGCUGUUGCUCAAAAACCUGAAGCCACAGGACAGCUGCCGAGUGACCUUUCUGGCAGGGGAUGUGGUCACAUCUGCAUUCCUCACCGUGAGAGCCCUUCCCGACCCCCCUGAAGAUGCUGAGGUGGUGGGUCGUAGUGGCCAUUCGGUGACCCUAUCCUGGGUGGCUCCCAUGAGUGAUGGUGGCGGUGGUCUAUGUGGCUAUCGCGUGGAGAUGAAGGAGGCAUCCACAGGCCAGUGGCAGUUAUGCCAUGAGCUGGUACCUGGGCCAGAGUGUGUGGUGGAUGGCCUGGUCCCUGGGGAGACCUACCGCUUCCGAGUGGCAGCUGUGGGUCCAGCAGGUGCCGGGGAGCCUGUACAUCUUCCCCAGAUGGUCAAGCUAGAGCCAGCAGAACCUGUACCAGCCCCAGCCCCAGCCCCAGCCCCAGCCCCAGCCCCAGCCCCAGCCCCAGCCAAAGCCCCAGUCCCAGCCAAAGCCCCAACCCCAACCCCAGCCAAAGUCCCACCUCCAACCCCAUCCCCGGAGACACGGCAGGCAGUAGUCGGUGAGGAUGUGUGUCUGGAGCUGGAAGUGGCAGCUGAGGCUGGUGAGGUCGUCUGGCACAAAGGAACAGAGCGCAUCCAGCCCAGUGGACACUUUGAGAUCCUCUCUCAGGGACAGCGUCAGAUGCUGGUGAUCAAAGGCUUUAGGACGGAAGACCAAGGGGAGUACCGCUGUUGUCCCACCCGGGGCCUGCCCUUCUCAGGGGCUACCGCCUUUAAUGUGAUCAUGACCUCAGGCUCUGGGGAUGAGGUCUCCACACAGCCCAGCCUGCCUCCUGAGGCAGCCCAGGAGGGUGACCUGCAUCUGCUUUGGGAGGCCCUUGCCCGCAAGCGCCGCAUGAGUCGGGAGCCUACACUGGAUUCCAUCAGUGAGCUUCCUGAGGAAGACGGCCGUAUGCAGCAUCUGCGGCAGGAGGCAGAAGAGACAGCCCCUGACCUCUCUGAGGGCUAUUCUACAGCUGACGAACUAGCACGCACAGGAGAGGCUGACCUCUCACACACCAGCUCUGAUGAUGAGUCCCGGGCUGGUACCCCUUCCCUGGUUACCUACCUCAAGAAGGCUGGGGGUCCUGGGAUCUCACCCCUGGCCAGCAAGCAUGGGGCCCAGAUGGCCACCUCUGUGAAGCCACAGAAGCAACAGGAACAAGCAGUGCCUGUGUGUCCAUUGCCGGGAGACUUGAGUGCAGCCGACUUGAAGGAUCCAUCCCUGGACAAGGCAGCUGUGAAGAUCCAGGCUGCCUUUAAGGGCUAUAAAGUGCGGAAGGAGAUAAAGCAGCAAGAAGGGCCUGUGUUUUCCCGGACGUUUGGGGACACAGAGGCACAGACUGGGGAUGUGCUGCGGCUGGAGUGUGUGGUGGCCAGCAAGGCCGAUAUUCGGGCCUGCUGGCUGAAGGAUGGCAUAGAGUUGACGGACGGGCGGCACUACCACAUAGACCAGCUCAAGGAUGGUACCUGUUCUUUGCUGGUCACUGGCCUGGGCCCCACUGACACUGGCCGUUACACCUGUCAGGUGAGCACCAAGUUCGGCCGUGUGAGCCACAGUGCCUGUGUGGUGGUCAGUGGAACAGAGAGUGAAGCUGAGAGCUCCUCAGGAGGUGAGCUGGAUGACGCCUUCAGGCGGGCAGCGCGGCGCCUGCACCGGCUCUUCCGUACCAAGAGCCCAGCUGAGCUUUCAGAGGAGGAACUCUUCCUCAGUGCUGAUGAAGGCCCUGCCGAGCCAGAGGAGCCUGCAGACUGGCAGACAUACCGAGAGGAUGAAAACUUUGUGUGCAUCCGCUUUGAGGCUCUUGAAGAGGCCCACCGGGCAGUCACCUGCUUCCGUGACAUGUUUGCCACCAUGGGCAUUGGGGUGGAGAUCAGCCUAGGGGAGCAAGGACCCCGGGGAGUGGAGAUGCGCAUUGGCAAGGUGGCGCCCCCUGCCACCCCUGCAGUGCCACUAUCAAAGACAUCUGGCCUGCAGACUUCAGAUGCUGCCCCAGUGUUCCUGACCGAGCUGCAGAACCAAGAAGUGCAGGAUGGAUACCCCAUGAGCUUCAACUGCGUGGUAACAGGCCAGCCUGUGCCCAGUGUGCGCUGGUUCAAGGACGGGAAGCUGCUGGAGGAGGAUGACCACUACAUGAUCAACGAGGACCAACAGGGUGGUCACCAGCUCAUUAUCACGGCGGUGGUACCAGCAGAUAUGGGUGUCUACCGCUGCCUGGCAGAGAACAGCAUGGGAGUUUCCUCCACCAAGGCUGAGCUUCGUGUGGAGCUGACCAGCACAGACUAUGACACCGCAGCAGAUGCUACUGAGACUUCAUCAUACUUCAGUGCCCAGGGUUACCUGUCCAGCCGGGAACAAGAGGGAACCGAGUCAGAUGAGGGACAGCUUCCCCAGGUGUUAGAGGAGCUUAAAGACCUCCAAGUGACCCCUGGCACCCGCCUGGCCAAAUUCCAGCUCAAGGUGAAAGGCUAUCCAGCCCCCAAACUGUACUGGUUCAAAGAUGGCCAGCCCCUGACUACAUCUGCCCACAUCCGUAUGACUGACAAAAAGACCCUGCAUACCUUGGAGAUUGUCUCAGUCACCUUGGAGGACAGCGGCCAGUAUGCAGCCUAUAUAAGCAAUGCCGUGGGUGCUGCCUACUCAUCAGCCCGGCUGCUAGUCCGAGGUCCCAGCGAACCAGAAGAGAAGCCAGUAUCAGAUGUGCAUGAGCGGCUGGUGCCACCCCGGAUCCUGGAGAAAUUCACCCCCAAGAAAGUGAAGAAGGGCUCCAGCAUCACCUUUUCAGUGAAGGUAGAAGGACACCCAGCCCCCACUGUGCAUUGGCUCAAGGAGGAGGCAGAGAAGGGAGUGCUGUGGAUUGGCCCCGAUACCCCUGGCUACACCAUGGCCAGCUCUGCCAAGCAGCAUAGCCUGGUCCUGCUGGACGUGGGCCGUCAGCACCAGGGCACCUACACAUGCAUCACCACCAAUGCUGCUGGUCAGGCGCUCUGCUCUGCCAGCCUGCAUGUCUCAGGCCUGGCCAAAGAGGAUGAGCAGGAGAGAGUGAAGGAGGCCCUCAUUUCUUCCUUCUUGCAAGGGACAAGUCAAGGUGUCUCAGCCCAGAUGUUGGAAUCUACAGGUUUUGCUGGUCUUGCUGGGCAAAGGAAAGGGGACUCCCUGGUGGCUGAAGAAGCCCACGGUCACCUGUCCCUCGCUGAGGUGGGCACAGAAGAGUUCCUGCAGAAACUCACCUCACAGAUCACUGAGAUGGUAUCAGCCAAGAUCUCACAGGCCAAGCUCCAGGUACCUGGAGGUGACAGUGAUGAGGAGUCCAAGACACCAUCUGCCUCUCCUCGGCAUGGCCGGUCUCGCCCUUCCUCCAGCGUUCAAGAAUCCUCUUCAGAGUCAGAGGAUGGGGACUCCCGUGGUGAGAUCUUUGACAUCUAUGUGGUAACAGCCGACUAUCUGCCCCUGGGGGCUGAGCAGGACGCUAUCAUUCUGAGAGAAGGCCAGUAUGUGGAGGUCCUUGACUCAGCCCAUCCCCUGCGCUGGCUUGUACGCACCAAGCCCACCAAAUCCAGCCCUUCCAGGCAGGGCUGGGUGUCACCUGCCUACCUGGACAAGAGGCUCAAGCUGUCUCCUGAGUGGGGGCCCACCGAGGCCCCCGAGUUCCCUGGGGAGGCUGUGUCUGAGGAUGAGUAUAGAAUGAGGCUGAGCUCUGUCAUCCAGGAGUUGCUGAGUUCAGAGCAGGCUUUUGUGGGUGAGCUGCAGUUCUUGGAGAGCCACCACAUGAAACACCUGGACCGAUCUCCCCGUGUGCCUACAGCUGUGGCCAGCCAGAAGACAGUCAUCUUUCGUAAUGUGCAGGACAUCAGCCAUUUCCACAGCAGCUUCCUGAAGGAACUGCAGUCCUGUGACACUGAUGAUGAUGUGGCCAUGUGCUUCAUCAAGAACCGGGAGGCCUUUGAGAAGUACCUUGAGUUCCUGGUGGGCCGCGUGCAAGCUGAGUCAGUGGUUGUCAGUACCCCAGUCCAGGAGUUCUACAAGAAAUACGCAGAAAAGACAUUGUCAGCCAAGGACCCCACGCAGCCACCCCCACCUCCACUCCAGCACUACCUGGAGCAGCCAGUGGAGCGGGUGCAGAAAUACCAGGCCUUGCUGAAGGAGCUAAUCCGCAACAAGGCCCGAAACCGGCAGAACUGCGCGCUGCUGGAGCAGGCCUAUGCAGUGGUGUCCGCCCUGCCUCAGCGUGCUGAGAAUAAGCUGCACGUGUCACUCAUGGAGAACUACCCAGGAACUCUGGAGGCUCUGGGAGAGCCUAUCCGCCAGGGCCACUUCAUAGUGUGGGAGGGGGCACCAGGGGCCCGGAUGCCUUGGAAGGGCCACAACCGGCAUGUCUUCCUCUUCCGAAACCAUCUGGUGAUCUGCAAGCCCCGGAGAGACUCUCGAACUGACACCUUCAGCUAUGUGUUCCGGAACAUGAUGAAGCUGAGUAGCAUCGACCUGAAUGACCAGGUAGAGGGGGAUGACCGUGCCUUUGAGGUGUGGCAUGAGCGGGAGGACUCUGUACGCAAGUACCUGCUCCAGGCACGGACAGUCAUCAUCAAAAACUCAUGGGUGAAGGAGAUCUGUGGCAUCCAGCAGCGCCUGGCCCAGCCUGUAUGGCGUCCCCCUGAUUUUGAAGAGGAAUUGGCUGACUGCACUGCUGAGCUGGGUGAAACAGUCAAACUGGCAUGCCGGGUGACCGGCACACCUAAGCCUGUCGUCAGCUGGUAUAAAGAUGGGAAGCCCGUGGAGGUGGACCCACACCACAUCCUCAUUGAAGACCCUGAUGGCUCCUGUACCCUUAUCCUGGACAACCUGACUGGUAUAGACUCUGGCCAGUACAUGUGUUUUGCGGCCAGUGCUGCUGGCAAUGCCAGCACCUUGGGGAAGAUUCUAGUACAAGUGCCCCCACGAUUUGUCAACAAGGUCCGGGCUGCCCCCUUUGUGGAGGGGGAGGACGCACAGAUCACCUGCACUGUGGAAGGCGCCCCAUACCCUCAGAUCAGGUGGUACAAGGAUGGUGCCCUGCUAACCCUGGGCAACAAGUACCGGAUGCUGAAUGAGCCCCGCAGUGGUGUGCUGGUGCUGGUGAUCCGGGCAGCCAGCAAGGAAGACCUGGGACACUAUGAGUGUGAGUUGGUGAACAGAUUGGGCUCAACACGUGGUGGUGGAGAAUUGUACAUGCAGAGCCCUGCACUGCGUGCCCGGGACCAGCAGCACCGGGAACAGCUUGUGGCUGCUGUAGAAGGGGCCCCAUCCAUGCAGGUCACCAUUGAGGAUGUACUAGUACAAGUAGGUGGCACGGCACAGUUUGAUGCUGUCAUUGAAGGCAACCCGCCGCCCACAGUGACCUGGUACAAGGACAGCACCCAGUUGAUGAACAGUGACAGGCUGAGCCAGCGACAGGAUGGGACUGCAUAUUCCCUGGUGUUGACUGAUGUGGCUCCAUACGAUGCUGGUGUCUACACGUGCCUUGCCCAUAAUGCAGGUGGACAAGUGCUCUGCAAGGCAGAGCUGCUGGUCCAUGGGGGGGACAAGCUAGACUCAGAAAAGCAAGCAUAUCGGAGAAAACUGCAUUCCUUCUAUGAAGUCCAAGAAGAGAUUGGGAGGGGUGUGUUUGGCUUCGUGAAAAGGGUUCAGCACAAAGGAAACAAAAUGUCCUGUGCUGCCAAGUUCAUCCCCCUGAGAAGCAAAACUCGGGCCCAGGCAUAUCAGGAACGAGACAUCUUGGCUACACUCAACCACCCGCUGGUCACUGGGCUCCUGGACCAAUUUGAGACCCGAAAGACUCUCAUACUUAUCUUAGAGCUGUGCUCAUCUGAGGAGCUGCUGGAUCGCCUCUUCAAGAAAGGUGUAGUGACUGAGGCUGAGGUCAAGGUCUAUAUCCAGCAGCUGGUGGAAGGCCUGCACUAUUUGCACAGCCAUGGUACUCUCCACCUGGACAUAAAGCCUCCCAACAUCCUGAUGGUGCAUCCAUCUCGGGAAGACAUUAAGAUUUGUGACUUUGGCUUUGCACAAAAAAUCACCCCUUCAGAGCCACAGUACAGCAAGUACGGCUCGCCUGAGUUCGUGUCCCCAGAGAUCAUCCAGCAGAGUCCUGUGAGCGAGGGCUCAGACAUCUGGGCCAUGGGCGUCAUCUCCUACCUCAGCCUGACGUGCUCAUCCCCCUUUGCUGGAGAGAGUGACCGUGCCACCCUGCUCAAUGUUUUGGAGGGGCGGAUAUCUUGGAGCAGUCCCAUGGCUGCCCAUCUGAGUGAGGAUGCUAAAGACUUUAUCAAGGCCACACUGCAGAAGACCCCCGGGGCCCGGCCUAGUACUUCCCAAUGCCUUGCCCAUCCCUGGUUCCUGAAAUCCAUGCCUGCUGAGGAAGCCCACUUCAUCAACACCAAGCAGCUCAAGUUCCUUCUUGCUCGAAGUCGCUGGCAGCGCUCCUUGAUGAGUUACAAGUCUAUCCUGGUGAUGCGCUCCAUCCCUGAGCUGCUCCAGGGUCCUCCAGACAGUCCAUCCCUAGGAGUGGCUCGGCACCUACAAGGGGAGGCCAGUGGCUCCUCUAGUUCAUCAUCUUCCUCAGACAAUGAGCUCGCCCCAUUCGCCAGGGCUAAGUCACUGCCACCUUCCCCUGUGACCCACUCCCCUCUGCUGCAUCCUCGGGGCUUCCUGCGGCCUUCAGCCAGUCUCCCAGAGGAGACAGAAGUCAGCACACCCACUGCUGAUGCAGCCCUGCCAGCAUCGACCCAGGGUGCUGGGCCUCCAGCAAGCCCCGGUUGUGUGCCCAGGCACAGUGUCAUCAGCAGCUUGUUCUACCAACAAGCUGGUGAGGGCUCAGAGUGUGGCAGCAAAACCUCGGGUGCCAAAAGGCACCCAGUUCGGAGGCGGCACCUGCUAAAGGGGGGGUAUAUUGCAAGGGCUCUACCAGGUCUUCGAGAACCACUGAUGGAGCACAGUGUACUGGAGGAGGAGGCUGCUAGGGAGGAGCAGGCUGCUCUGAUGUCCAAGACACCUUCCUUUGAGACUGCCCUGAGACUACCUAGCUCCAGUGCCCGGGAGGUCCCAGGCCGAAGCCGCUCCCUGGACCACAACCCACCAGACACCACUGGCCCCUCUGCUAAGGAAUGCAAGGGACAAUACCUAUUCCCGCCAUCCUCAGAGGUGACCCAUGAAACCACUGCCAAAGACAUGGAGCACUCAACGGGGUUCUUGCAGGAGUCUGUCCCCUGUUCAUCUACAAGUGUUGACAUGAGGCCUGCUAAACAAGAGGGAUCAUCACAGGACAGCUGUAGAGGGAAACCAGCCCCUUCCUGUCACUCUGACCUGGGUCCUGGUUCCCAGGAGGGCUGUGGCUCUUUGUCAUCACAGUCACUUGGCUCUUUACCUCCACAGUCGUUGAAGAAGGACCCCUUGACACCCUGUAGCCCCUUCCUCUCAGGACAGCCUCAGGCAGCCCCAUUCCCAACCCAAACAAGCCCCCUUCCUGGUUCUAAGGAGCCUGAGGAUACCUCUCUACACGGAAGGCCCUAUCCCAGUCCCUCCCAAGUAGGUGCUUCCCCAGAUACUGAAGGCUUGUCUGAAGCCGGGGACACGUGUGACUUUACACCCCCUCUGCUGCGGCCUCAGGAGCAGGCCACCACCCGGAAGUUCUCCCUGGAAUCCCGUGGGGGCUAUGCAGGGGUUGCAGGCUAUGGCACCUUUGCCUUUGGCGGGGAUGCAGGGGGCAUGCUAGGGCAGGGUCCUCUCUGGGCCAGAAUGGCCUGGGCUGUGUCCCAGUCCUCAGAAGAGCAGGAUGAAGCUGGGACUGAGAGCUCUCAACCUCUAGACAGCCCAGGGCCCAUUGCUGAGGCCAGUGGGGUUCCCCUAAGGACCUCUCUGAGCUUACCCCCAUGGGAGGAAGUCAAACAGGUUUCCCUGGUACAGAUCCGGGAUCUGUCUGGUGAUGCGGAAGCAGCUGACACUAUUUCCUUGGACAUUUCUGAGGUGGAUCCUGCCUACCUCAACCUCUCUGACCUAUAUGACAUCAAAUAUCUCCCCUUUGAAUUCAUGAUCUUCAGGAGGGUCCCCAAACCUGUAGAGCCACCAGAGUCACCUGAGUCUGAAACUGAGGCCGGGCAAGGGCUGGCAGAGUUCCUCCAGGAGGCUGUUUGGCCUUGGCCAGGAGAGCUGGGCCUGUGUGCUGGCCUGGAAAUUACAGAGGAGUCGGAGGAGCCGGAGGCCCUGGAAGCACUGCUGGGCGAGGCUGCUAUGGGCAGGAAGCGCAAGUGGUCCCCCUCCCGUGGCCUCUUCCCAUUCUCAGGGAGGUGCCUAUCAGGGGAGGAGCCUGUGGAGCUUGGGCUGCGCCAGAGGGUGAAGGCUUCCAUGGCUCACAUCUCCAGGAUCCUGAAGGGCAAGCCGGAAGGCCCUGAGAAGGAGGAGCCCCCCAGGAAGAAGGCAGGCCUAACUUCUUUCAGGCUGUCAGGUCUGAAGGGCAGGGACCAAGCGCCAUCCUUCCUAAGGGAGCUCUCAGAUGAGACUGUGGUCCUGGGCCAAUCAGUGACCCUGGCCUGCCAGGUUUUGGCCCAACCAACCGCCCAGGCUACCUGGAGCAAAGAUGGGGCCCUACUGGAGAGCAGUGGCCACCUACUCAUCUCUUCCACCCUGAAGAACUUCCAGCUGUUGACCAUCCUGGUGGUGAGAGAGGAGGACCUGGGCACAUACACCUGCUGUGUGAGCAAUCCGCUGGGGACAGCAGUCACUACAGGUGUCCUCCGGAAAGCAGAGCGUCCCUCAUCCUCCCCACGCCCAGAGGUGGGGGAAGUGUACACAGAUGCGGUGCUGCUGGUUUGGAAGCCUGUGGAAUCCUGUGGUCCCGUGACCUACAUUGUACAGUGCUGUAUAGAAGGAGGCAGCUGGACCACCCUGGCCUCUGACAUCUCCGACUGCUGCUACCUCACCAGCAAGCUGUCCCGGGGUGGCAUGUACACCUUCCGGACAGCAUGUGUCAGCAAAGCAGGAAUGGGCCCCUACAGCAGCCCUUCAGAACAAGUCCUCCUAGGAGGACCCAACCACCUGGCCUCUGAGGAAGAGAGCAGCCGUGGGAGGCCAGCCCAGGCUCUCCCCAGCACAAAGACCUUCGCCUUCCAGAUGCAGAUCCGGAGGGGCCGCUUCAGUGUGGUACGGCAGUGUAGGGAGAAGGCAAGUGGGCGGGCCCUGGCUGCUAAGAUUGUCCCCUACCAGCCUGAGGACAAGACAGCUGUGCUAAGAGAAUAUGAGGCACUUAAGAGACUGCACCACCCACAUCUGGCCCAACUCCAUGCUGCCUACCUCAGUCCCCGGCACCUAGUGCUCAUCCUGGAGCUGUGUUCUGGCCCUGAGCUGCUACCCUGUCUGGCAGAGAGGAACUCCUACUCAGAGUCUGAUGUGAAGGACUACCUGUGGCAGAUGCUGAGUGCCACCCAGUACCUGCAUGCCCAACACAUCCUGCACCUGGACCUGAGGUCCGAGAACAUGAUGGUCACUGAGUACAACCUGCUUAAGGUGGUAGACCUGGGCAGUGCUCAGAUCCUCAGCCAAGAGAAGGUCCCACCCCCUGAAAACUUCAAAGACUACCUGGAGACCAUGGCUCCGGAACUCCUGGAAGGCCAAGGGGCUGUGCCACAGACAGACAUCUGGGCUAUUGGUGUAACCGCCUUUAUUAUGCUAAGUGGCGAGUAUCCGAUCAGCAUCGAAGGGACUCGCACCCUGCAGAAAGGCUUGCGCAAGGGACUCAUUCAGUUGAGUCGCUGCUAUGCAGGGUUGUCUGGGGGUGCUGUAGCCUUCCUGCAGAGCUCACUGUGUGCUAGACCCUGGGGCCGCCCAUGCGCCACCACCUGCUUGCAAUGUGGGUGGCUGACUGAGGGCCCUGCAGGCUCCCUGCCCACGCCAGUGACAUUUCCUACUGCACGGUUGCGUGCCUUCGUGCGCGAUCGAGAGAAGCGGCGGGCGCUACUCUAUAAGAAGCACAACCUGGCCCAGGUACGCUGAGAUCCUGCUCUGCAGAGCAAGAUGUGCCUUGCCACAUGAGGACAC